UCAUGAUGGAGAAUCGGCCGCCCCUCACAUCACCGGGACACAUCAUCGAGGAACCCUCAAACGAUCGUCUCACUUUAUCUCUAAGCUGUGAAAUGGAAGAUGAAGAUGUGGACAUCACAAGAGAUUGUGCAGGAGAAAAGACAACAAGCUCAGUUAUGGAUGGUGGGCUUCAGAGUGUGGAUGAACCAUCAAAUCCCUCUGACUCUGAGCAACCUCGUACUGUGAGGGAUGAUGCCGGAAUUCAGGGGGAAGAGACAUUUUCCUGUCCUGAAUGUGAGGAAAGUUUUAGCUCUAAAUCAAGUCUUGCUGUACAUCAGAGAUCUCACGCGGGUGGGAAGCUUCAUUCAUGUUCUAAAUGCAACAAAUGUUUUCCUGAAAAAUCGGAACUCGUCAUACAUUACAGAUCCCAUAGGGACAAGAAGCAGUAUUCCUGUGCAAAGUGCAGCAAAUGUUUUUCACAACUGUCCCACCUUCUCAAACAUCGGAAAUCUCACAAGGGGAAAAAGUCGUACCCCUGUUCAGAGUGUGGAAAAACGUAUUCGUGGAAAUCGGAACUACUUGUGCAUCAAAGGUAUCACACAGGGGUGAAGCCUUAUCCCUGCUCUGAGUGCGGGAAAUGUUUUCCACUGAAGUCCAAACUUUCCAUACAUCAGAGGAUUCACACGGGGGAGAGACCGUAUUUCUGUUCUGAGUGUGGGAAAACUUUUUCACAGGUAUCCCAUCUUCGCGAUCAUCAGAAGUCUCACGGGGGAAAAAAGAUGCAUUCCUGUGCUGAGUGCGGGAAAAGUUUUGCACGAAAAACAGGACUUGCUGUACAUCAAAGAUCUCACACGGGGGAGAAGCCUUUUUCUUGUUCUGAGUGUGGAAAACAUUUUGCGGAGAAGUCUAACCUAUAUAGGCAUGAGAUGACUCACACAGGGGUGAAGCCUUUUUCCUGUCCUAAAUGUGAUAAAUCUUUUUCACAGGCGUCCCAUCUUGUAGUACAUCAGAAGUCUCACACGGGGAAAGACCUGUAUACCUGCCCUGAGUGUGGGAAAUGUUUUACAGAGAAGUCCAGACUUGAAAGACAUCAGAAGAUUCACACGGGGGAGAAACCACAUUUCUGUUCUGAGUGCGGCAAAAGUUUUUCACAGAAAUCGGUGCUCGUUCGACAUCAAAUGUGUCACACAGGAAAGAAGCCAUAUUCCUGCUCAGAGUGUGGGAAAAGUUAUGUACAGAAAUCAGAUUUUCUUAUACAUCAAAGAUCUCACACGGGGGAGAAGCUGGUUUCUUGUCCUGAAUGCGGUAAAGGUUUUUCAGCGAAGUCCGAUCUUUACAGACAUCAGAGGAUUCACACGGGGGAGAAGCCGUAUGCCUGUCCUGUGUGCAAGAAAUGUUUUUCACAGGCAUCCCAUCUUCAUACACAUCGGAAUCUGCAUCCUGGUCCUGAGAGCGGGAAAAGUGUUUCGAAGAAAAAAUUAAGAAAAUUUUCCUGUCCUAAAUGCAGAAAACGUUUUUCUCAGAAAGCAGACCUCGUGAAACAUCUAAGAACUCACACCGGGGAGAAGCCGUAUUCCUGCUCUAAGUGCGAGAAAUGUUUUUCACAGAAAGCCAACCUUAUUAGACAUCAAAUGUGUCACACGGGAGAGAAGCCGUAUUCCUGUCCCGAGUGCGGGAAAUGUUUUUCCAAGAAAUCAAACCUUGCCAGACAUCAAAGAUCUCAAAUACACGGGACACCACGUUCCAUCUCUAAACGCAGGAAACGUUCGUCGAAAAACACAGACCUUGUUGAACAUCAAGGAUCCUAUAGUGAGGAUAAUUUUUAUUCUUGUCCUGAGUGCAACAAAUUUUUUACUCAGAAAGCGGACCUUGUUAGACAUCAGAUGACUCACACGGGAGAGAAGCCGUAUUCCUGUCCUGAGUGUGGGAAAGGUUUUUCGCAGAAAUCAAACGUUGCAAGGCAUCAAAAAUCUCACACGCGUAAGCCGCGUUCCUUGGCUCAGUGAAGGAAAUGCGUUGUAUAAUGUUUGGGGGUUCUAUGUAAUUUUUUAGCAAAAUAAAUUAAAU